GGACAGUGUGUGGCAAAGUAGUUAUUCGUGGAGAAUCUUUCUUAUUAAUCGACAUGAAACUACAAUGGGGAAUAAGUUAGUGACGUUUACGGAUCAACAAUUCGAGAAUUAUCAGGACUGCACAUUCUUCACCAGAAAGGAGAUAUUGAGGGUUUUCAAACGAUUCCGGGAAGUUCGACCUGAUUUGGUCCCGAAACAGAUGAAGAAAAAUCAAGCCGUUAGCGUUCGGAUACCUCUGGAAGACAGCAUAGAGAAACUUCCAGAAUUGCAUGAGAAUCCUUUCAAGAAGAGAAUAUGCGAGGUAUUUUCCAGGGAUGGAAAAGGAAAUUUAUCGUUUGAGGACUUCUUAGAUUUGCUUUCGGUUUUCAGUGAACAAGCACCCAGAGAUAUAAAAGUUUUUUACGCUUUUCGCAUCUAUGAUUUUGAUGGAGACCAACAUAUAGGCCAAGAAGAUCUGGACCAAGCAGUUCUUCUUCUGACCAAACAUACUCAGGAGCUAACUCCUGAAGAUAGACAGCAAAUUGUAGAAAAAGUUAUCGAAGAAGGAGAUGUAGAUGGGGAUGGCAAACUUUCUUACAUGGAAUUCGAACAUGUUAUAUUGCGAGCUCCAGAGUUUCUAUCAACUUUUCAUAUACGUAUUUGAAAGAUGUGUGUGGUGAUACCAA